CGGUGAUGUUAAAAGAUGCACUCGAGCACUUGAACUGUUAACAUGGGUGCCUGGAUGUGCUGCUGGAUUUUGUGCAUUUCUUCUCUACUGACCGCUCACUCGCUCAUCUUGACUCAGUCACCGGGAUUCAAGCUCGUCUCAGUCGGUGCUUCUGUAGAGUUAAAAUGUCAAUUUGAGCAGGCCUUUAAGUACUGCUUUACUGCUGUUACAUGGCAAAAGCUGAAUCUGCGGACUGGAGAACUCACCACCGUGGAUACCAUCCAUGAGAACAAAGUUGAUCAACUCGGGGACAGAACUUGUGUUCUGACUCUUAAUAACUUAAAAGCUUCAGCCAUGUACUACUGCAUUAGUCAAUUCAAUCACAUGGCUAUGAUCGGCAACGGAAGCAGAGUGAUCGUAACAGGUCACUCGGAGCCCAAACUCUCCCUCGUCUACACACAAGAAGAAGAACGGUACGACCUGCAGUGUCUGGUGUCGGGUCUCGUCCCGUCUCAGGUGCGUGUGUUCUGGAUGAUCGGAGGGACUGUGGUCUCUGGAUGGACAGAGUCUGGCUGGACAGACCACACGGAGUCAGCCGCCGAGUUCACUCGAGCUCAUCUCUCUGUUCCCGUCGAGGAGUGGAGCCGAGCCGAUGAUAUUCAGUGCGUCGCCGUAUAUGACGGCAAGAACAUCUCCAGGACUCUGAUGCGCACCAGCUGUGUCACUAAUUUUCAAAAUCUGAGUCAGUUUUCUCAGUGGUUUGUGUUCUGUGGAGGGGGAACCGUUUUGCUGGCGGUGGCCGUGUUCUUCUCUGUUUGUUUAUGCCAAGGCAAACAGAGGUCAGGGGCCGCGGAAAUUUCAUCUGUAAUGUUUUACCCUGUGGAUCCCACCAGUUUAGGGCUGAAUUUAGGUCCAACAAAAGAAAUGAAGGUAAAAAUGAAAAUUUGUGAAUUCUUAAUAACCAUAUAUGCGUUAUGUAAAACAGUAUAUCAAUCUGUGUAAAGACCAAUUUACACUGUUUUCUCCAGAUAUUUUUUCCUUUUUUUUCCUCAGGGCACCACUGGACAGUGAUAUUGAAAGGUUAUGCAAACAAAAUGAAUUAAAAUGAAUGAAUUAAAUGUGAAUUAAAAAUGAACUAAGUUUGCCCUCCCCAAUAGCUCUUUAUGAAGAUGUUAUACUUUACUCUCUGAUCUGACUUUCUUUUGUGCUGUGUGGAUGAAUGAGCGUCUUUCAAACCUAAAGUUGUUAAAAAAUAAUAUAUAUUGCUGCCAAAUAAAGUUAUUUUUUUUCUCCCUUUACUC